ACCAUUUUUAUUUAAAAAUACAAUAUUUAAUUUUUACAUAUAAAAAAAAUUGGAAUAUAAUGUCUUAUAUGUUAUCACAUUUAGAAAACGGUUGGCAAGUUGAUCAAGCAAUUCUUUCUGAAGAAGAUCGCGUAGUACUUAUUAGAUUUGGACAUGAUUGGGAUCCAACCUGUAUGCAAAUGGAUGAAAUAUUAUAUGGGAUUGCUGAAAAAGUCAAAAAUUUUGCUGUAAUCUAUUUAGUUGACAUUUCCAAAGUUCCAGACUUUAAUAAAAUGUAUGAAUUAUAUGAUCCAUGUACAACCAUGUUUUUUUAUCGCAAUAAACAUAUGAUGAUAGAUUUGGGUACUGGUAAUAACAAUAAAAUUAAUUGGGCACUAAGUGAUAAACAAGAAAUGAUUGAUAUUAUUGAAACAAUAUAUAGGGGUGCUAGAAAAGGUCGUGGUUUAGUAGUUGCACCUAAAGACUAUUCUACCAAAUAUCGUUAUUAAUUUUCUAUAAUGCAUAAUUAUUUUGUUAAUUGAUAAUAUGUUUAUGUCAAAUGAUGAAUGGAUUAAAAGAAUAAAUACUGCAAAA